CCCCUCAGAGCUAUUUGUGCACCCUCCCCCAAACAACCCGCCUUCAGCCACAGCCCAAAACCAAAAGGAGUAUUCAUGACCCAAAUUGAAGACACUCUUGCCCCAGUUAUUCAGCCAGUUACGAGACCCAAAGUGAGGGCCAAUCAGGUUCCGAGUUACCCCAAGAGUCCGGAACCUCCGACUAUGAAGUUCGAACAUGAAUGGUUCACGUGGGAGCUUGAGCAAUGGAAAUGGGACAAAGGGAGUGAAUUAAGACUGGUCAGUCAUUCUUCCCUCCUCUCUCUCCGACUCAAGGGCGACGGGACAGUCGACUGCAGGGGAGGGGCAAAGGAACCACCCAGUGUUCUGGUGGUGAAGCUAAAACUGAAAGACAAUGUUCGAAUGUUCCGAGGUGAUACACAUUUCAACUUCAACCUCGCAUUCGACCACAAACAGACAGCAGAAAACAACAACAGCGGCGAAAUAAACAAACAGGACAACAAAAUAGCCUUCGGAGACCUCAGAAGUGGAUCGCAAUGUGAAUUCCGAGUUCUACAACAGAAUGACAGAUCUAUUGUGUUAGAAUCAGUCAAAUAUCCUGGACGAUAUUUGUCAUUCAACCCUGACGGAUCUCAAGUGGGGGAGGAAGUUAAGGGAGGGGCAAAGCAGGGGAGGGGUCAGAAUAGAGGGAAACACGUGACGGGUGGAGGAGGCGUGGAAAAGAGUUCUUAUUUGUUCAACGCUGUCUGCAAGGGCGUGUUCCGAGACCAGGGCAUUCUCAUUAUCCAAUGCAGUCCCCCCGAAAAAACCCUCUGUAUCGACGACCUAGGACAACUUAACGGAAGCGGAUCACGUGACAUGACGUCAUACUUCCGAAUAAGGAAGGUGGGGGAGGGGGGAGUGCGGAUGUUCCAGAGUGUGACCAGACCGAAUUGCUACAUCCAAAUCAAAGACGGAAAAUGCAAUGGGAUGGUAAUUUAG